AUGUGGACAGAUGCGGAGGAUGAUACUUCCUCCGUGGCGGACAGCAAGGCGUUCCUGGCCUUCUCCACCUAUGCCACCAUCGUCAUCCUCAAGAUGAUGCUCCUGGCCCCGGUGGCGUGGUACUUCUGCUUUACACACAAGGUUAAAAUGUGCCACCAGAACGACCUGGAGAACAUUGUUCCGUUUGUUGUGAUCGGUCUGCUGUAUGCCCUGACGGGACCAGACCUCUCCACCGCUCUGCUCCACUUCCGGGUGUUUGUUGGUUCCAGACUCUGCCACACGGUGGCCUACCUCCUCCCCCUGCCCCAGCCCAGCAGAGCUCUGGCCUGGUUGGUGGGCAUGAUUGUCACCUUCUCCAUGGCAUACCAGGUGUUCAGAACAGCCCACCUCUGA